UUGAGAGAUAGAGUGUGUCUGUAACAUAGAGUGGAGUUGUUUAAACGUGAAGGCAAGACGCGAGUCUUCUCAGUGUGCACGCGCUGAAAUGCACAGUUACAGGGACCCUGCGCUUCACGUGUGCCCUGCGUGGAGCGAAAGUGUCACCAUUUGAGAGAGGAUUUAUUUGAACUUCAAAUUUUGUCACAUUCAGUAUCUUGCAUACUAUAAAGGGGAAAUAUAUAUGGGAAAACUAAAGUGGAUGUUUUUUGUUUGUAUUUCACGUAAAGGCUCCGUAUGGAUUUUCAGUGUUCAUCUGGUUCUGUUGAAAGCUGGAACUAAGAUUUUUUAGAUAUUCAUUGCCCCUGUUUUGCUUUCAUUGGACAUGGGACCGGGUUGUGGGCUUGGGGUAGACAGUACGAGUGGAAUUGUGUCGCCCUAAAUGAAAUCUGGUUUUAGCGACAACGGGAGCUGAGGAGCGGACUGCGCGCAGUGAAGAUGCGUUCCAACCGGGGCUUCUUAUUAUUGCUUCUGAAUGGGACGACUUGCUUGCUCGCUCUUGGACAGGAAGAACCCUCCUUGGGACACAAGGUCCCCUCCAGUGAGCAGGCUAAGACAGUCGGUGUCCUGAGAGGGCAGAGCCUCUCACCCCUGGGCCGCUGGAUGCUGCAUACCAAGAGCCGGGCGGCCAACACCACAGCACUGGAGCUGCCCUACCGAUCCCCGGUGCCCUUCUCCAAGCAGGAGUUCUGGGAGAUGCUGGGCAGCGACCUGCGGCCAGACGCCAGCCCCUUGAGGGUCAAGCGACGCCCCAUCGUCAAGACGGGCAAGUUCAAGAAGAUGUUUGGCUGGGGGGACUUCUACUCCAACAUCAAGACAGUGCGGCUCAACCUGCUGAUCACGGGCAAGAUAGUGGACCAUGGCAAUGGCACCUUCAGUGUGUACUUCCGCCACAACUCCACCGGUCAAGGCAACAUCUCUGUCAGCCUGGUGCCGCCCGUCAAGGCCGUGGAGUUUGACCUGGAGAGGCAGAGCGUGGUCUACCCCAAGGACUCCAAGAUCUUCAACUGUCGGGUGGACUACGAGAAGGUGGACCGCAACAAGAAGACCUCACUCUGCAACUACGACCCGUCCAAGACCUGCUUCCAGGAGCAGACUCAGAGCCACGUCUCCUGGAUCUGCUCCAAGCCCUUCAAGGUCAUCUGCAUCUAUAUCUCCUUCUACAGCACGGACUACCGCCUGGUCCAGAAGGUCUGCCCUGACUACAACUACCAUAAUGAGAUGCCCUACCUGCCCUCAGGGUAGAGGUGUGUGCAGAGGCAGUGGGGGCAUAUGGAGAGGCACAGUCAUAGCACUGAGUAGAAGGGGAUUCACUGAAGGGCUUUUGGGAGUUAUACAGUCACGAUUCACAAAACAUCAACUCGCAGGAAGUUCCUGUUCUGAUGUGCCCAAGGCUAUUCAGUUAUUAAUUCAUCAUGUAUUGUUUUUAUGAAUGUAUUUUUAUGCAUUUGUUAAAAUAUGUAGCACAUAGAUAGCCCCUCUCGCCGUACACCUUUCAGGCAUUAUUUGUCACCAUUCUUUAAUGAUCUUCCUGCAUUAAGCCCCUCCCCCCGUCCAUAGAGCGUGCCCAAGAUACCUUGAAAUGAAGUGACAAGGGGCCUACACAGAGUUCUGACCUUCCUACUGCUGCGCAUCAAAGUCGAGCCAGAAUAACAUCACUUUGUGCUUCAGCACAAAUCAGGCCAGCUGAAGGAUGAAACCUUUGUUUAUUCCUGCAAAAUGGAAAUCUGACAUUUUUAUCACACACAUUCCAAAAAACGAAGUUUGUGCACAUCCACAAUAUUGGGAAUAUAAAUAGAGCACUUCAAACUGGCUUAUUCAGAGAGCUGAGAAUGGGAGGACUUAUGAGCUAUUGAACAAUAGCUGUUCUAAUUUAUUCUGUCCUGCCCCUCAAUAUACCAUGAGAAUUCUGAAAGGUAUUCGAAUUAAAACGGGGAAGAAAAACGAGAUGUGGAAUUUAAUUAAGUGGCGCUCUCACUCUAUUGUUCUCCCCGUUUUACAAGAUAUUGCGAUAGCCAUCCUGGUUUCUAUUAAGAAAAAUAAAACUUUGUUGUAAUCAUUUAGACCUGCUGAUGUGAAUCAUCUCCUACCUUCGCCCGUGUGAAGAUAUUCUCCCCCUGAAAAUUACAAUGUGUCGUCACUAGUUUGAUGUGUACCAGGUACAGUAAUUUGCAAAUAAUGUAUAACUGGUGCUUUAUUUUGAUCCUGUGUAUUUGAGUCUUCUGCAGAAUGGUAAUAUGUAUACAAAUCAAAAAUUUAAAUAUUUAUAUUUUCACAAUGACUAUAGAAAUGACAGUUUGCUGGAAAUAUAAAGUGUAUGCCAUAACUA